AAAAGGGAAAGGGAAAAGGAGAAGGGAAGGAGAAGAGAGGGAAAGGGAAGGUUUGCCUGUAGCACAACAAAUCUGCACAUCCCCGUACCCCAGAUCAGCCUGGUCUGCCCUGGCCCAGCCCAGGGACAGGUGCCGUGGUGCUGCCCGGGUGCUGGAGGAGGACAAGCACAAGGGGCCCGUGUUGGAAGGAGAUCUAAGAUGAAGUUAUGGGAUGUUGUGGCUGUCUGCGUGGUGCUGCUCAACACGGUCUCCACCUCGCCCCUGCCCACCGGUAAGACGCCUGUCAAGGGGCCCCCUUCAGUGGUAGAGGGGCCUGAAGACGAUCUCUCCCCCACCAGCCUGCUGCCUCCCUAUGCUGUGCACAGUGACUCUAAUAUGCCAGAGGAUUAUCCGGAUCAGUUUGAUGAGGUAGUGGACUUUAUUCAAGCCACCAUUAAAAGACUGAGGAGGUCGCCAGAUAAACAGACUCCGAUUUUUUCUAGGCGGGAGAGAAACCGGCAAAACGCAGCCACAAACAUAGAGAAUUCCAGCAAAAAGGGAAGGCGGAAUCAAAAGGGCAAAAAUCGAGGAUGCGUCUUAACAGAAAUACAUUUAAACGUGACUGACUUGGAUCUGGGAUACGAAACCAAAGAAGAGCUAAUUUUCCGGUAUUGCAGUGGAUCUUGUGACGCAGCUGAGACCACCUAUGACAAAAUUUUAAAAAACUUAACGAGAAAGAAAAAACUAGUCACUGACAAAGUGAAGCAAGCUUGUUGCAGACCCACAGCCUUUGAUGAUGACCUGUCCUUUUUGGACGAUAACCUGGUUUACCACAUACUGAAAAAACAUUCCGCAAAAAGGUGUGGAUGCGUCUGAUGGCUGCAUGCCAGCGGCAGUGCCAGUUUUGCAUUCCUGCUAUGAUGCAAAGAGUGGGACCAAGGUUCCUGGGGAUGUGUCUGCUCAGAAUGGAGAAAAGGGGACCAAGAACGCAGAAUGAGGGGUCGUGAGAGCCUGGGGAGGGCAUGAGGCGGCAUAGGAGGAUGGAGGCUUUUGACAUUCUACGGGAAAGUAAAUAAAAGCUCAGGUGGAGAUGCCGAUGGCUGGAUGGCAUGCAGGCUCUCUUUCCCGUUUGACACAGUCCACCAUCAGUGAGACUCGGAUCCAUGAGGAAUGUGCUUAAAAACACAACCCUGCCAUAACACACUGUGUUGUAGUUACACCAUCCGUGCCAGGAAGCUUAGCUGUGGACUAGCUUAGGAGUACCUUAGUCAUUCCCUGUGCCCUCAGCUUUACUGAAAGACACAUUGUGCUGCUGCUCAUUGAAGGGUGGUUCCUAAGCACUUAGGACAAUUUCUAAGCUGUAAUAAGAUUAACCUCGUAAGUAAGAUGAUAUCGGGCAAAUAUCAAAAUUCCCAGUUCUCAAGUUCUUUAGGGCCAGUAUCGAUAUGAAGCAAAACAGUUCCACUUACUGGUUAAGUUUGGUUAUUUUCAUCUUGUGUUUCUUCAGAACAAGUGUAGGAUUUCAUUCUUCUGCUACCUGUGAAAACGUUGUGUUUUUAAGCACUUCUUCCUAGUAUGGUGAGAGAAAUAACAAGCCCGGCCUACACAAAAAUGUGUCUCUUUCGGUUUACAAAGGACUAAUGUCACUUGCGUAACUACAUUUCUAUUUGGUCAUUGUGAGUGAGCAGAGACUACUUGAUGCAAUGCAUCCAUUCAGAGUCAUAAAUAUACAGAAGAUAUUUAUUGAGAUUAAGUUAUUGUUAUUUAUUACAGUUCACUAAUGAGUCUCCUUUCCUUAUUUAUUAAAGUUUCUUUUCAAAGGUGCCAAAGUAGAAGGUGCUUGGAAGAUACAGAGAGACAAUGGAGUUGGGAACAACGGUCCAUGCUUUUGAUUGAAAGUGUUAACUUGAAUGCAAAAAAUCACUUACUUUACCUUUUUUUCUUUUAAACAAAAUCCUGAUUAUAUGCACAAAAUGUAGUGCCAAAGCCUGCAGCCCUUCCUCCUGUUCACUAAUACUUUUGAAAAUUACUGCAGCCAUACAUGCGCAGGAGCAGCAAUGGCUCUGGACAAGUGAGGGUCGCAGGACUUGGCUCAUCAUUAGCGAUUUGUUAGGAAAACUAAUUCUAGUCGUAUUUAAAUGUAGCCACGUAUUUUUCUCACACUUUUUGCCAACUGACCUCAUAUAACUAUUGACAGAUGGAAAAUAAUCACGUUUAGCCUUAUAAUUUCUUGUUAUAUUUAUUUAAGCUUUUCCUUCCGUAUUUCCAUAUAGAAGAGGUUAAAUCCCUCUUACUAGUUAGCCCUGGAUUUAAUAUAGCCUGCAGGUAAACAAUUGUGUUAAAUAACCAAAGUGUUUUGUAUAAUUUGCUGAAACGUUACAGGAUUAUACCCACACAGCAGAACAGUCAGUUUCCUUAGGAUGAGAGAGGUUGUACAGCAAAGGCAUUCAUAACUGACCGCUAAUGAAAGCUCUUUUUCUGGAGACUUUUUUUCUCAAAGGAGCAGCAGUACAGGUCACUAGACAUACCUGACAACCCGUGAAGCAUCAACUCCCAUAAAAACAACAGGAAGAAAAAAAAUCCCUGCUGAAAACCAAAAAAUGAUGGUCUGACCUUUUAUCUCAUGCAUGCAACAGCUUUCCAUACUCAUUUUGCCCUGGGCCUGUUGGGGCGCCACAGAAGAAGGGUCUAGAGGUCAAAAAAGUCCAGAACAGGCAUAGAAAGAUAUACCAGGUAUAUGAUAUACCAGGUCAGGUUCAGCCCUGACCUCCACUGGUUUCCUGGGUGGACGGAGGGCAGCCCCAGAGCCCACCCACGAAGUCCAUUCUCGCACUGCCAUGGGGAUACCUUACCCUUCAUGCUGGGCAGAGCUGGUACAGCUGAUACCACCACCAGCAUCAGCAUGAUUUGGGCAAUAAAAGCCUGCUAAGCUGAGGGUCAGCUGCAUUGCUGGGUAGUUGACCAGCGGCAGCACUCAGAGGUGCGCUUUCCCUUGCCCCGGUUGCUGAAAACUUGCCCCAAAGCAUUUUCUGUGCAGCUUGAAGAGGCUGCAACCAAAGCAAAUCACUAUGUUCAAAAUACAAAAGGGUAAAGUUUGUGAUUUUUUUUUCUGUUUUUUAGACCUUACUGAAGACAGGAGUGUGCUUUUCUGGAGUUUUUUACUUCACCUGCGAUUUAUGUCUCAGUCAUUUGUGUUAAUCAACCAAAGUUCUCUACAGACUUUAUUUUUGUACAAUAUUCAUUUUAUAACUUUUUACAAAAUAAAACUCAUUUCUAUUGUUA